AAUCACUCUUGCCCAGACUUCCUAAGAGUUGAUGUAGUUUGAGUGUUUAAUGUGUUCAUAUCGAGCCAAUAAGACGUCCACAUAGUGGUUAUUUUUUACUUUCUGUAAUCUUCAUGGUUUUCUACAUUUGUUUAGUUUAAAGGUUUUGUCUUUCUUUUUUAAAUAAACACAGAAUAAACAUUAUAUAGAUCCCGUAAAUAAAUUACUACCAGUAUUAUUUACGAAGUGGGUCAUUUUACAGUGGAACAAUCACGUUGUCGGUGCUCCCUGGUGGAGGAUCUAUGUAAUGCCAACACCGUUUUAGUCAGCCAUUAAUAUUGGCCUCUCUAAUUUAUCGCUCGGGCGUUAAACUUAAAAUAAAAAAAUUAGGUUGCUUUCUCAUUUGUACGCAAAAAUAAUAAUAAAAAAAAAAAACUCCUUUAAUAACGGUAUUAACCAAAAAUGUCAAUACGUGUGCUGUGUUUAUUUUGUUUUAUUAAGUAUCUUUACUAAGCAAUACAAAUUAGAUUAAACAAAAAGUUAUUUUUGGAAACUAAUUAAUUAAAUCUAAUCUUGCAAUAGCAAUAGCUUGCGAAAGGGUAAAUUGUAUUAAACAAAGAGGAGCAUUGAAGGAGGAUGUAUACUGUCCUGCAUGUAUAUUCCCCUUUAACCCCCCCUUUAAAUAACAUACACUGCGUUACCAAACAAACUACCAUUACGGUAAAAAAACAAAAUGAGUUGAAACUAGUGGAGAGCUCAUAUCGAGCUGUGCUGCACACAAACCUUCACAUUCAUGCACACAGCAGUCUCUCAUUGCACCGUAGUUGUGUGGCUCAGCAGCAGCAGACAAACAGAGGGGGGGCGAAGGAAAGCGCGAGUUAGCACAGAGAGAGAGAGACAGGCGCUCUCAUCAGUGACGGGCUCACCGGCUGCGUGGACGGAGCUGUGGCGCAGGAGGAGGAGGAGAGGUGCAACGGGAGGACAAGCUGCCGGGCAACCGGAGCAAAAAAACAGGAGCAAACCACAAGAGACCGAGAGAGAGAGAGAGAGAGAGAAGAGAGAGAGAGAGAGAGAGAGAGAGGAGAGAGAGAGAGAGAGAGAUCACUGAGGGGAGAGAAGUCUUUUGGAGCGGGAAGAGGGAGAAAGCUGGAUAAAUCUGACAAGGACACAGAGGGAGGAAAGUGCACAGAGAAGCCUUAUCUGACGACGGAGAGAAGAGAGGGAGUGCGUGCUCAAAGUAAAGAAGAAGAAGAAGAAGAAGAAGAAGAAGAGGAGUAGACGGAGACUGACGGGAGGUCGAGCUCACGGGGCUUGACUGACACGAGAGCGACGCCGAGGAGGAGGAGGAGCAUGAGGGCAAGUUGAUGGAUUUGAUAUGGGGAGAGUAUUUUUAGAAGGAGGAGCGGAGACAUGACAGGAAUAUUGAGAUUAGAGAUGCUGCCUCUAAGUGGGGGAGAAACAACUAGGGAGGAAGAAGAAGAAGAAGAAGAAGAAGAAGAAGAAGAGAGAGUUACAAGAGACAGAGAGAAGGGGGGAGAUGUUGAAGUCAAGAGUGUGACAGCACUGAUUAUCUCUGGUCUGGUCUCCCGCAGAAAACCUCUGUGAGUGUACGUCCGUGUAUGCGCAUGAGUGGCUCCGUCUCCAUGUGAAAGUGUGUUGUAGCAUGUUUCUCACUGUGGCGCUGGGAAGCAGGUCCGCAACAAGAUGAAGCUACCCCGUGGUUACCCGCAGGUCCUAAUGACACUGGUUACAGCCAAGUGGGGGGGAGAGACCAGGUGACAUCCAGAGGAACUCAAGGCAGUGAGAGAGAAAACAAAUGAGCAUGGGAGACUUUUGUGAAUUCAAUUAAAGCUUGUACUUAAUAGUGACAAGGAACUGGAUGCCGUCUCUGGCUCGAGAGCGCCGCUUCAAGACAGUAAAGCCAAGAAACACACUCACGUAACUUUGAAGAGAAACCACAGCUCUGGAACAAGGCAAGCUCUCUGACAGACUGCACCACGCUGACCAAUCCCUUCUACUGUUGUCUCAUUAUUUAAAUUACCUUAUCUUCUUUGUUUCUUUUUGUCCUCUCUGCCUAGCCCUCGGUAUUUUGUAUUCUAUCCUCCUCUCUCCCUCUCUCUUCCCCUCCCUCUUCCCCUUGCCUUCGUUCUCUCUGUCUCAUCCUCUCUUGUUCACUGUCACACUAACUGCGGUGGAUGUUGGACUCACUCAUGUAGAAGCCACCUUGCUUCGAGCACAUUUGCCUAGCUGAUUUUUUUUUUGGAGGAUUAGAGCACUCUCAGAUUGGGAGACCAGGAGAGAUGACCAACAAGUAGCCUGGCUGCUGCUGAGUUAAUCACAGCUCCACCAGGAGAGGGAAGACGACUUUAAAACACAGUGAUUUCCUUAGGGGAACUUGUGGGUUCUACGUUUUCAUAUAGUAGAACAUUUCAGUGAAGACUGCAUGGACCAUCAGUACUCGUAAAACCAAACAUAUCCAGGUGUGGAUUACAGUAGUGGAUUUAUCCUGGAGCUAUAUGUGGGUCCCAGCCCCUGAGGCUUGGUUGGGAAAUGAAGCCUUUCCCGCGGCUGUAGGAGCGUUGUGGGCAGCUAUGGCCCUGGAGGGGCGCUGUCUCCGGAGGGGAUCCCCAGCUAUGAUUAGAAAAGGUCGUCAGCGGCGUCCUACAAAGCCAACUCUAGCUCGAGUCACUUCCACCUUGCUAUCAAGGACACACCUGCACGGCCUGAGGCAUGUUUGCCUCCCUGGUGGCUCUAUGGGCCGCAGGGCCUUCUGGCUACUGGCCCUCUGCACCUCCCUGGGACUGCUUUUAUCCUGGUCCUCUAACCGCGUACUGUACUGGCUUUCCUUCCCCACACACACACGAGUCCACGCAGAGUGGGCCAAAGAACUGGCAUUCCCUACAGUCACUAUCUGCAACAACAACCCCAUCCGCCUCUACAAGCUCACCAAGAGCGAUCUGUAUUUCGCAGGCCACUGGCUGGGCCUGCUCCUGGCUAACCGGACAGUGAGGCCCAUGAUUCUGGACUUGCUUCAAGAGGACCGUCGGGCCUGGUUCAGGAAGCUGUCAGACUUCAGGCUCUUUCUGCCCCCCAGAAACUUUGAAGGAACCAACCUGGAAUUUAUGGACAGACUUAGCCACCAACUGGAUGACAUGCUCCUCUCAUGCAAAUACAGGGGAGAGCAAUGCGGCGCUCACAACUUCUCUUCUGUGUUCACCAGGUAUGGGAAGUGCUACAUGUUCAACGCUGCGGAGGAGGGGAAGACGCUCCGAACCACCAUGAAGGGAGGGACGGGAAACGGCCUGGAGAUCAUGCUGGACAUCCAGCAGGACGAGUACCUGCCAGUGUGGGGGGACACAGAGGAUACAGCGUUCGAAGCAGGUGUGCGGGUGCAGAUCCACAGCCAGGCGGAGCCCCCGUUCGUUCACGAGCUGGGCUUUGGCGUGGCCCCCGGCUUCCAGACUUUUGUAGCCACACAGGAGCAGAGGCUGACCUACCUGCCUCCCCCGUGGGGAGAGUGCGAGUCGAAGGCUCUGGAGUCGGGCUUUUUCCAGGUCUACAGUGUAACUGCCUGCAGGAUUGACUGUGAAACGCGCUACAUUGUAGAAAACUGCAACUGCAGGAUGGUGCACAUGCCUGGUGAUGCUUCCUACUGUACGCCUGAGCAGUAUAAAGACUGCGCUGAGCCUGCCCUUGCUAAACUAUCGUCUGUAGAGACCAAUAACUGCCUGUGCAGGACGCCGUGCAACAUGACCCGCUACAACAAAGAGCUAUCUAUGGUCAAAAUCCCCAGCAAGACCUCGGCCCGCUACCUGCAGAAGAAGUUCAACAAGUCGGAGAAGUACAUCACAGACAACAUCUUGGUGUUGGACGUGUUCUUUGAGGCUUUGAACUACGAGACCAUCGAGCAAAAGAAAGCUUACGAGGUGGCAGGCUUGCUGGGUGAUAUUGGAGGUCAGAUGGGUCUGUUCAUUGGAGCCAGCAUCCUCACUAUCCUGGAGCUGUUUGACUACGCUUAUGAGGUGGUGAAAGACAGACUACUGGAUUUACUGAGCAGAGAGGAGGAGGAGGAGAGUCAUGGAGAGGAUGUGAGUUCCUGUGACCCAGUGGCGAACCACUCGGAGUCCAUCAGCCACACUGUGACAGUCCCCCUGAAGACAACGCUGGGCACCCUGGAGGAGAUUGCCUGCUGAGGCCCUCCCCCCUGCCCCUCAGAGCCACACACAUCCAGAAGCUGCCUCCACUGGGUGGCACUACAUCCUCUGUUAGGGCAUCCUGCAGGACCCUAACAGAGGAGGGGAGGAGACGAGGACAAGAACAGGGAUUGGCCCCAGGAGAGCGCUGCGCUCUGUCACAUCGCCAUGUCUGAGGCACUAAUGGGGAUUAAGGAGCUGUCGGCUGCACUUAUCGGCCCUCUCCGUCACCUUGCACUGUAUUGUGGUGGGAGGGUGGCCUCCGCUGUGUCAGACCUGCAGUGGGGUCUCUACAUACACAGAAAAUCAGAGACUGCGUGGGACGACUUCCCACAAAGGGGGCUCACCCCUGUGCAGCAUAUCUAUGUUACAAACACAUUCAUAUGUCGCUCACUGCCAAAUGAACUGUACAAAAUUGGUUUUGAACUGCAUGCAUCUAUCGAUCUAUCUUGCUCUCUUUGCUGACGCAUACGCUGGACUGCAGUGCAGUGUUGCUUAGCUGUACAUGUGUGCCAUGUGUCUCUCUCUAUGUGCAGGAUAGGCCUGUGACGAGCGCCCAGGUGAGAUGUAAACUUCGAAUGUACAGAUUGAACAUAUGGUUGUUUAAAAUCAUAGUUCAGAUGAGACCAAUCCUUCGAAAAAUCUAUUCUAAUGAGUGAUUUAUCAUUUCUUUGCUAAUGAUCCUGAAGGGGAAGGUGGUUGGUGACGUACGAGCAUUACUGAGGGAAACAAACACCUUUGCUCACUGGAAGCCGGCAUUUUUUAACCUGUCAAUUUGUCAGUUUACCAAAAGGCAUGUUUUUCUUCUUGACUCCCGGGGUGUUGAGCUGUUCCCUACAGACAUCUUUAAAGGGAUGUCAUACUCGUACUGUUCAUUUAUAUGAAUAAAUAACUGUCUGACUUCUGGCUGCUGCACCCAACACAGCUCCCAGCUAACAGGUACAAUCUGAAUUUAUUUGCCUGCCAGACGGCAAGCUGUGUACAAAACACUGCUACAAAUGAAUAUGCCCAGAGUUAUUAAACCAUUAUUUAGUUAAGAGACUGUCAGCGUGAUAUCUCAGACGGUUAUUACUUCUUUAUCAAGGGUGGCAUCAUUUUGUCCUUCAUUAAAAAAAAGAAAAUGUCCCAGGCUUGACAAUUUUAAACAACAAACAAAAGCACCAUGGGUUCUGCCAGGAUUUCUUUAUGACACAAUGUCUGCUGUGAUACGGUGUAAAUAUCUGUGUUUCUUUGUCUUCAUAAAAACGGGUAUCACGCAGACAUGCCUGAAGCAGAUUUAAUCAAAAAAAGACUUUUGAAAAGAUAAAUUCCAGGUCCAGAAGUGACUUCAUAUGUGUCACAUUCUUUCAUAAUGUUACUCUCUCAGUAGGUGAGAGUGUUGCCUAAUGAGCAAUGGCAUUUUGAGGGUAGUUGAAUGUCAUGUUAAAAACGCAGGACACACUUUGCUUUGAGCACCAGGCUUAGUUUCCACCACAGGUCUAUCUGAAGCGUCAGUGUCCUCAGAAACAACAGUUGCAUAUAUACGGCUUUACACCAAAAGCUUGUGUGAGACCAUGUGGAAGAUUUAGUGUCCACGAUCACCCGAGCUCGGUCUCUGUCAUCAUGGUAAUGUACAUUACAGGUAGGAAUGAAUUCAAGUGCUUUGUGAGAUUGUUUGAAUUAUGAUUUCCCAUCUGUGGCUCAACCUGCUGUCUAUGUGUACUAUCUCAUGUCGUGGCUUCAGAUGAACAGCCGACCUGCAGGGCGGCGAGGCCGACGUGUCUCGCUUCUCUUGUUGACGACACUGGCUGAUUCUUCUCUCUACUUUGGCUUCAAUUGUUAUCGCAGGACAGCGUUUUCUCAUUUUGUGAUGCAGCAUACAGUGUGUGUUUUUAAUGUGAAACAAUUAAAUAAAAAAAAGUUGUUUUGCAGUGGUG